GAGAUUCUUAAAAUGAUCGAAGAAAAGAAAGAGUUGGAAUCAAAACAAUAAGAACAAAAAAAACAACCAUUAACAUGAAUACGAGAAAAGCUAAUUUUAAGAAACUCCGGUUACCCAGUACAGAAACCAAAAAUGACCCACGAAAUGGACUCAAUAGAGUUGCAACAAUUAAAUCUCACUUUUUCACAUCUGACCUUGAUAAGAAUGCUCUCCAAGAUGAAGAAGAUAAGGAAGAGUUGAUGGAAUGCUCAGAAUCAAUGCCGUCUCCAAUAGAAUACUCUCCACCUAUGCCAUCACCAAUUGAAAAAUGUGACGACGACGGCGACAAGUUAACUGACAGUGACAAAGCCAGACGAUCCACUCGAACUAUACUAAAGACGUUUCAUCCAAAAGAGUUGCGCAUGAAGCCAGUAUCAGAUACAGGCCCAAGAAGAACUAAUGAUUUCGAAACUCCUGCCCAAUCAGUCAAAGUCGCACCAAAAAUCAAAGGAAAGACAAAAACAAAUGCGAAGCCUAGAGCGAAAGCGAAACCAAAAUCGAAGAAGCAACAAACCAUCAAAAGCGCAUUUUUCCAGAAUGAAGAACUUUUCUCAGAUGUGACUGCUCAACAUUGUCUGGUCGAUAACAUCAAUCCGGAAGAAAUGCAAAUGGCAUUAGCUCUAUCCCGUUCAGAAAUCGAAGUUUCAGGAUCAAGUGGUGUUGAAGCAAAUGUCCCGGACAAGAAUGAUGGCAUCAGAGAGAAGUUGAAAAAGUUCGGCUUCCAUGUUGUUGAAUCUGAAGAUUUCAACUAUGCGGCAGCUUAUAAGGCAAGCAAAGGAAAAAAUAAAUGGGCAAACAAAUUCACACCGCUGACACUCAGAAGCUCUAAACGCCAGUUGGAUAAAGUCAAUCAGAGGGUUGAAGAAAUUCUAAGAAUUCAAUUUGGGUCGCAUGAAUUCGAAUCGCUCGAUGAAGAAGUCCCUGAAUAUUCGGUACACAAUUCAAAUUUAUUACCAUUUGUUCCAUCAAAGCGUAUUGUUCACUCAGAAUCAAGUGAGAGAUCGGAUACAGUGGAUUUUUAUGUACUAAGUCUAUUUGAACCAUCUAAAACAAAGCCUGGGUAUUUAUUGAAGGACAUGCGUCGAAUACCUGGACGUGAUAGAUCACCCGUUCAUACUAAAUCUUCUUCCCAAUGCUCCUUGAAUGAACAAGCUGCUCAACUAGAAAGUCCAGUGUUGAAGAAAGUCCGCGUCAAUGAAAGUAGUCCACCUGUUGCUUCUGUAUUAUCUUCUCCGAAGAGAGACACAAGUACUAAUGAGAAAUUAGAUUUUUCACAACAAUCACUUCCGUCACCAAUAAGUGUGCCCGGCGAUUUUAAACAACGUCGUAGAAAAACUCCCAAAUCACUAGAUCUUCAAAAUACAAUCGAUUCGGUGACUUCCAUGGAUUAUCAAGUAGAAGGAAUUACGAAUUGGAUGGAGGACACCGUUAAACAAACAGAUAUAACACCAACGCAUGCAACAACCUCAUCGGCUAUGAAUUCGAAUAUGGGAAGUGAUAUGAACUCUUCGAUUAGUUUAAGACCGAUAAGAGCUACCUCUCCUGAUAUAUUCGCUGACUCAGAUGUUGAAAUGGAGACAGAUGUUGGAAGUGAUAUGGAAAGACUGAAAUUUACUGUAAGCAGAGAUGGUAUAGAAACCUACGAUAUAUUUUCAAGCGAUGAAGUAAAGACUUUUUCGGACUCCAAAGUAGAUUCAUGUGACAAAAACCACAAUUCUUUAUUAGCAACGAUUGAUUUGACUCAACAAGAAAGUGAAACAAGUUCGCAAAACUCUAUCAAGCUUCUCCCAACAUCUGAACCACCUAUUUUAACACAUCUAAACGCUAAUGAUGAUUUACCUUCAACAUCUUUUGGUCCACAUUUUAAAUCUCUUGUUUUAACAAAUCAAGACGCCAAUGAUGAUUUACCUUCAACAUCUUUUGAAAAGCAAUUUAAAUCUCCUGUUUUAAAAUAUCAAGACGCCAAUGAUGAUUUACCUUCAACAUCGUUUGUCAUGCAAUUUAAGUCUCCUAAGGAAACCGAUUUAUCCAUGGAAAAUAAUGUUCUGGAAAAAUCAUUUUCCACCAAAAGAAACAAUGAGUUUUCAUUUGGGAGCAGUACAUCCGAUGACUUUGUUAAAUCGAUUUUAUUAAAUAAAUCAAACAAAUCGAUAUCAUUUAAUAAGUCAAAUAAUCAAGAAGACUCGAUUGACUUAACCCAAAACGAUGAAGAGUCAAUAGACUGUAUUGUAUUGUCCGAUGACGAAGUUAACUAUUCCAUUCGAAAGGCUGACAUAUCGUUGAAUUUAAAAGAGGAGCAAAGCUCAAACAACACUAGUAUUAAAUCGAAUUCAAAAGACAACCAAGAAUUUUCAUUUGUUGACUUUGUAGCUGCCACUCAACCUCUGGCAACACAAAGCGAAGAUUUUGAAUUAAAUUUGUCAUUGAAACCUAAUAAUUCAGUAAGUUCUUUGGAGAUGGAUCUUAGUAAACGUUCAGAAUUCGGCAUUCUCGAAGAACAAUCGCCGUUCAAAACUCCAACUAAAACUCCCAAGAAAACACCACGCAGAACACCAAGGAGUUCACCAAAAACUCCCAAUAACGUCACAAAAAAGAUUCGUCGAGCUUUAUCUGAAUCAUUUUUAGACUCACCCACAGAAAGUUCAGCACCAAUUAAACGCUUCUCAAGUUCAAAUAAGUUCAAAGAAUUUGCCAAAAGCGAAGAGGACAGUUUUUCCGAUUUGGAUGAUAUUGAUAAACUGAUUUAUGGAAGUCCGACUAAAAAAGUUUAUAAAAAGCCUUUUGGCUUGACCCAACUCCUGACAGGUACCAUAAAUGAUAAAGUUGUGACUCCAGAAAAGACUAAUCAAGAAGUACCACAAGAAUUCGAGUUCAAUGGUCGAAUAUAUUUGGUUCGAACGGUUGAUGUUGCACGAAGGCCAAACUUUUCUACGAUGGAUGAAUCAGCAUUGUUCGAUAAGCUCUAUAGAUAUGGCAUCAAACCAUUGAAACGAAAACAAGCCGAAAAGAUUUUGGAGUACAUUUACAAUCAGACACAUCCGUGUUUAGUUGAUGAGGCUGAUUUGUCGCCUUCAAAAGCGAAUUCAGAUCAAAACUCUGACUUGCUUACGCAAGAUGCAAGGGGUGAUAGUUUAAGUGACGAUAACGAUGAUGAAAGCGAAGUAAAUGAAAGGGUGGCUUCGGAAGGUGGUUCUUCCAAAUUCAACUUAAAAGACUGUUGUGGUCAUGUCCUUGUAUCGAAUAUAAUUCCAUCAAUGGAAAUUAAAGAUGAACAAUACUUUUUUCCAACUAAUAAAAGCAAAAAGAUUUCAACGGCUCCACUUCCUCUACACAUUGCAUGGUAUAAUUUAUUAAAAUCCAACACUCAACUACACGAAGCAAUAUUAUAUUAUGAGCCAAUUGAUUUGCAAGAAGUGUAUCUCUUUUUAAAGGGUAUUGGAUAUCGCUACGAACCCAAGGAUAUGAAAUACUUCUUUGACUCAAGAUCAAUAAUAUUUCGGUAUGAUGUUAAAAAAUCAGAAAAUUCUGCUAGUAAUCGACAUGUGCGCAAAAAAAGACAGAAGGUUAAAAAGAAAAAUUAAGAAAUAAAAAAAGAAUUUAUAAAUAGUUGAAAUGUAUAUUUUGUAAUAAGCUUGCAUUUAUGUAUGUAAAUAGAAUAAAGAAAAGGGAUUUUUUUACAUUUUAUUUUUGGUAGAAUAA